CCAAUAAUAAUAAUAAUAUGCAUAUUGUACGAUCAAGGAUUUUGUGGGAAGCCGUUUAAAAAAUUAGCCAAAUUAGCAUAAAUAGUCUAAACAGCGCCCCCAUCCCCAACAGGUUUUAAGGCUAAUGGGUUUCAAAGCUGCAGUCAGCAUUAUUUGUAUUUUCUUAUGAGAAGUAGCUAGCUAACUAGCUACUAAUAGUAAUGCAAUCAGCCAACUAUGGCAGUUUCUUUCAAUUCUAUGAAAAUAAUACUGGCAAAAUUAAAUUUUACUAGACUGUCACAAUAAACACUGAAUCAGCUUCUUGAAUUGCAGAAUCAGCUUCAGGUUCCCAAGAUGCCCAUGUGAAAGGUGAAAGGUUAACAUUCACUAGUUUUGCUGAUUCACUUUGCACAUUGCUGUAAGAAACAGUGCUGCAUUGAGAUACCAGUGACUUCAGUAAAGGUAAAUGUAUCCUUCGGUUGAUUAUAGUCUUUGGGACUAUAGUGCUCUUUCAUUUUUCAUCUUCUAAAUUGUGCACCAUGUGUCACAGUUUAAUCCACAAUUCAAUUCCAUUCACUGCUAAAGUACACAAUUACCUAUGGCAAUAAAUGUAUUUUGAUUGAAAUUUGAAUUAUGGAAAUCGAUCAAAUACAACCAAAGUCACACCGUUGUAAUGCAUUUUCACAUAAAAGAAUGAGUCAUCAUCUAUUUGAUUAGUAAAGUAAUCUAUAACUAGAUAAUUGGCAUCUAUUAUUGAUUACAUCAUCACAUGAUCUCUUUCCAUCCUUACAAACAAUGAGACGUUGUUAUAGGUAAAAAACUCAACUUAAAAACAUGAACUGGCUGUCUGGACAAGAGCUUAAACUUUCACUGUACAGUGUGUUGGUCCUUCAGGGAGCAUAAAUACAUGUAGGGGGAUGUCCUGACCUGCACCAUGACGGGAUGGUUGUGUCUGGGCCCAUGGGCUGGGUCCGGAUGGAGGAAGAAGGUGGGGGUUAGGGGGGUAGGAGGAGAGGAGCUGCCCAGGACCUGGGGGUGACACAGUGAUGAUGAUUCACGCAGGCUGUGAGUCAACCGGACAGGGCUCCAGCAGCUAUAAAGCCAGGGAACCAUGCAAGGAGGCAUGGACGUUUCUGGUUAGCACACAUCCACCACACCCUCACAACCACCAGGUAAGACUUGACUCCAGCACUGACUGGGGGUGACGGGAUAGAUCUCUAAGGGACAGAUGUGGAUGGGGAGAGAGGACAUGAGAUUCUGAAGAUGAGUAUGUUAAUUUGAGUGGCAUGACAGCUCAAAGUUAAGUUUUGGAAGAAACAGACUAAUUAUGCAUGCAUUCAACUUUAGACAUAUUCAGUCAUUUUAUUUUUCAUGAUUUUACAGAUUAUUUAUGAUUUUUACAUGAAAGCAAAUGUAAUAAUUUCAACAUUUUAAACCACAAUUUCAGUGCAGCAUCUUUGUUGUGGUGAAAAAAUGUAAUUGACUUUAACCAUGUUUUGAAGCUAUAUACUGUUUGUUUACAUUUACGUUAUUUACAAACACUGGCGUAAAACAAGCUUAUAUUUUGGGUUCUGAUGAGGUACAACAGUUGGACUAAUGCAUUUCUAAGUUAUAUUCUUCGAUGGGUACAUAUCAUUAAUUUAUUUUUAAAUGGAUGUGGCAACUACAGAUUGCCCCUGUAAAUUGUAUGACUUAGUCGAUUUUGAAAAAAGUGUCUGCUAAAUGGUAUAUCUUAUUUUAUUACUAUAUAUUAAAUAGCGUGGUAUUUGUAUUGUUCUCCAGAUAAAACAAGAUGCAUGUCUCUGUGGUCCUUCUCUGCCUGGGCCUGGUGGUGUCUGUGUCUGUGUGUCACCCUCAACGCGGUCGGCCCCUCAACGGGGACGUCCAGAUGAGGAACAACAUCAAGUUGCUGGCCAUGAUCACUGUGGUCCACAUAAAGAAUUAUCUGACCGAGUUCGACAUUCCCGCGGAGAUGGAGUUCAACCCCAUGAACCCCCCCAUCGAAGGCCUGGCCUCCAUCUGGGUCCACCUGGGGGGCCUGGAGGAGAGUCUGCAAGACAGCAGGUGUGGUCAGGUGUAUGAGGACUUGUCCAGCAUGCGGGGGUGGGUGCACUCCUUGUCCCAGGCCCUGGGCUGCCCUGAUCUGGCCAAGCCUGGCGGAGAGGCCCUGAAGACGGUCUAUCAGAGCCUGGUGGAGGGGCAGAGGUACAUGGAGAAGAUCAGUCUCAACCUGGACAGGCUCAAGAUCUGCUGAGACCCCACACAUGUGCACAGGAGCAGCCAGGCACCCGGAUAACCAGGCACACACAGAUGCAUAGUUUCUACACACCACACACAGUGUUAUUCUAAAUUAUGUUUUUUAUAUAAUUUUUUUCUUUAAAUGUAUUUUGUCUUAUCAUUAUUAUGAAUAUUUUGUUAUUCUGUUCAUAACUAUUAUUGAUUAUUUGUUAUAAUAAUAUGUAAUGCUUUAAAAGUCAUAUUUAAAGUUUAUUGUUGUAGCACUGAUAGCUCUUCAUGGUAUUUUUGACAGAGGGGCAAUACAUUUAUCUAAUGAGUUGUUUGAAUAUAUUGAAAGAAUUGAAGCUUUUGUGGCACUGAAGAAUGAACUGUUGUAAAAAGGUUUUAUAUUUGAAACGGAGGGCGCAGGCCAGGGCUCUCCAACCCUGUGAAAACCGACAGGAGGGUAGCUUUCCAGGAACAGGGUUGGAGAGCCCUGGCCUAGGCCAAUGUAUUUUAGGGAUGCUAUUUUUUAAAUGAAAUAAUUCAGCUUCUGUAGCAUUGUUACCUAGAGCUUUCAAGGAUGUGUUGUUUUGUAAUUUUGCAAUAAAUGAUUUUGAAACGAGAGCAAAAGUAUCCUAUCCCUUAAAAACACACAAAAAAAUCUUGAAAAUGUAGGCCUAUUAAUUGUUAAUUCUAUAGCCUCAAUUAUCGGCAGCAAUGAUAGCCACUUUUAUUCAAAAGCUCAAUUAAAAAGUGGAACUAAAACUCAGCACUAUCUUCUAUAAAUGUAGUGUUGGUAUUUCCUUAUAAAAGCAAGCCACUACAAGAGUACCCCAGACUACAAAUGAAAAGAUAACAUAAUGGAUCCAUUUUGUAGGUAAAGUGAACUGUUCCCAAAUUGGUCACUUUUCCCAUUGUCAUGUUUAAAUAGGCCUAGAUAUCAAGUUGAAAACUGUCCUAGAAAGUAAAUGAAUAACAGUGGGUGGACCCGAGACAAACUGUUAGGCAACCUUUCCUAUUUCCAGGCUAAUCAUUUUUCAACAGAAAUGAAUCAUAUGCUACAGGCCUAUUUCAAGCAUAGGUUUGAGCUGUUUCAACAGAGCUGCAAGCACCACAUUUUAUGUAGUCUGGGAACUUCAAAAAGCAACCUGGUCUCAGAGUAUUUCGUAUUAUUCUGUACGUAGAUGCGAACCCCUCCAAUUAGUAUCAUAUGUUACGUAUGUAUCAAUUUGUGGAUGUCCAUCAUUAAUUUCAUAUGAUAUGUUACGCAUGGUAAUUCCGAUGAAAUGUUACGAAUUUGCAAAACAUUCAAUAUGUACCGAAUUUGUCAAAUGUACAUUACGAAUUUUCAAAACGUAUGAUAUGUUACGAAUUCUAAUUUCUUGUGGCUAACGUUAGCUAGCUUGGUAACGUUGGCUAGGCUAGGGGUUAGGGGUUAGGGUUAAGUUUAGGAGCUAGGUUAAAGGGUUAGGGGAAGGGUUAGCUAACAUGCUAAGUAGUUACAAAGUAGCUAAAACGUAGUAAGUAGAUUACAAGUUGCUAAUUAGCUAAACUGCUAAAGUUGUC